AGAAAAAGAACCAUCAAAGAACAAGCUAUCUGUAAAUGCGCGUACCAUGAAGAGACUGCGGGGGAAGAGAAUAACUUUACUGCUUGCCAGUGUGAUUCCUUUGCUUGCGGUUGACGAUGUUCCAAUGUGGCAGUCCACGAGGGACUCCGAUGAGGAACAUCCUGCUGAUCAGGAGAAGGAACUGUCUUGUAGGGAACAAACCCAAAUCGACCGUGGAACAAAGCAAUUCCGCGAACCGUUGCACAGACCUAACGGCGACCGGGACUCUGCACUGCUGCGGCAGUCACUAAAUCCGGAUAUUUUAUUUGAAGGAAGCGAAUUCGGUCAACACUACAACAUUGUAGUGCCGUUUCGGAUGGGAUAUCCCCAUAAACUUGUAGGAUCAUACGUUGAAAAUCGUUACAGGCCACCAGAAAACGAUACGUCAUUGACCUCUAUUAGCACCAGAUUGCGAAUGGACGUGGUCCGCGAUAAAUUUGUGUCAAAAGACGAAAAAAGCGCGGCAGAAAUUGGUGUUGUAGAAAGGAGUAGAGAGACAAUAAAGAAUGAGAAAGUAUCCGCAUAUAUCGAUGACUCGCGGGCUGGCGAAGAUCUCCCAGGACCAGAAACGAUGCAUGCCUCUUCGGGUGACUCCAAAGGUGAUAAAUUUUCUGAAGAGGACGGACUGAAACGUGUCUUGGUAGACUAUGCCAGCAAAUCUGCUGGUGCUUUAAUUUUGGAGAAAUCGUCGAGUUGGAACGGGAUUUCCAACGUCCUGAACGGUGACAAGGACAAGUACGCAAUUAUUCCCUGUGAAGAGCCCCAAAAGUCCGUCGUCAUUGGACUCUCCGAAGACAUUCUUGUGAAACAAAUAGUACUUUCCUAUUAUGAACGAUACAGUUCGCAUAUUGGAACCUUUCAAGUGAUGGGUUCGCCCCAGACAAUGGGUAAUUGGGUUGAUUUGGGUACAUACACAUCACCACGAGGGAAUGGCAAACACGCAUUUGAUUUACACGAGCCGUCUUGGGCACGGUAUUUGAAGUUUCGAUUUGUAUCGCAUUACGGAGAUGAGCAUUACUGCACCGUGAGUCAGAUCAGCGUCCAUGGGAGUACCAUGUUGCAAGGUUUUCACGAGCAAUGGGCCGAAACGGUUGAAGAGCAGCCAAACGACAAAAACGAGAGGGACGUAGACGUAUCAGGGUCGAAAAUAGAUCCUACGUUUUCGGCUACGGAUCAAGAAAAUGGCAAUGACGGCAGCGUCCAAGGGACUGUAUCCACUAUUGGACAAUGCUACACCAGAUUGGAUGCUGUAUGUCAGAUGGAUUACAGUUUUGAACGGAGUGCAUUUUUGUUCGCAUCCGGUAGGAGCUCUACACCUGACUUUGAUUUAUUGAGUGCGCUUUCAUCCGCGUCCUUUUGUCAACUUGGCAGGCAAUCGGCAAGAACAAAUUAUUCUCAUUUUGUUGAGCUAGGCCGUCGUGCGCUUACCAUCUCUCCGAAACGUGGUCGUAGUACCAAGAGUAAAUUUGUUGCCGAUUUAUCCGAUCAAGCUUUGUUUCACUCACUUACGGAAUCUGUUGUUGUUAAACACAUUCAGAGUCUCAUCUCUCGAACGACAGGGAUAGACAUACAUGUGGAACGUUUUGGUGUAUUGGCAACAGUUGAUAGGACACCCGACAGAAUUUCUGUCGACGAUUCGAAUCCCCCUGCAACUGUUUCAUCAGCUUCUGGGGUGAUCGCCGGCACCAAGCUGGUUACGUCUGAAGUCGAAGCCAUUGAGCGUAUCACGGAUGAGAUUGAAUCUCAGCCGUUAUUGCAAGCCAUUCAACAGAUGGAAGAAAAGAUUCCUUUCGAUACCGCGUUUCAUGCAUCUGGAUUUUCAUGGAGCAAGAUAUUGGAACAGCUUCCUAGCGCAGCUUGUCUGGAAAAACUCGAUUUCGCUGAUUUUAGAUCCGGCAAAAAAUUGAACUUGCGCAAUGGGGGGCCGGGGUCGCACGGCAACGCCCAAGGCGGAGGUGGUAUGGAGCCAAUCUUUAAAAAGUUCACUGACGAGAUAAAAGCGCUGCAGACUAGUGUUUCGAUUCAUGAUCAAUUUUCCAAGGCACUGGCCUCUUGUUACCAACAAGUAUUCCUGGAAUUAUUGGUGGAAAUGGAUGUCAAACGCAUUGGAGAGGAAAAUGCAGAGUGGUUUAUUUUUUUUCUCUGCAGUAUCUCAAUGGAUGUCUCCAAUUAUUGGUGGUGUUGUAACGAUUUCAAAGCUACCGAUAUCGCUUUCUUUCCAAAACCGCACAAUCAUUGA